AUAAGUACUGUCCUAUUUUAGAGAAUACUUGCUGCUAGGAAUUAUGGAGCAGAAACUACCUCCCUUCUCGGUGUCCUUCUUCCCACAGCAGAGUAACGUGACCUUGCCAAUAACGCCCCCAUCCGUCCCAUCUGAUACACCGAAUCCAACAACCGAAACGGAAACUGAGGGACAGCCGGGACCAGAACCAGUAAAAUAUUGGGACCCUUCAAUGUCGAUUUCAAUGUUACGCGGAGGUGGAAAUGAUGGUGGCGAUUGCUACAACCUACUUCCGAGCACUUUGGCGGAUGCCCAUCUCGGCACCAACUGCUUAUCGUUUCCCUGUACGACCUGUUUUUACCCGGGGCCAGUGAAUGAACAGAUUCCGUCAUCUGCAGUAUCACCCUUGGCGCAGGGACCAAGGGUCGAGAGUCUUCCUCCCGUGUUCGUGCCAAUAAGAUCGUAUCAGAUGGAUUGGCCAAAUCAAGGUCCUUACGAAAUACACAGCUUGGCUGCUGAGAUGUGGAGGAGAAUGGAAGAUGAAAGUUUUGCAGAUAUGAUGCACGAGGACUCGGCCGAGGGGUCCCUUUCGUCAUUAAGCAGCCGUCAAGAGGCACGGUCUCGUCGCCGUUUUCUUUCUCGCAGAGAUCACCGUUCUCACAGAUCCCAGUCCGGCAUUUAUCUCACUUCAGACAAUCAUUGCAAGUUGUGCCUCAGCAAUCGUGAAACGGAGAGCUUUUACAUGUCACACACGCUCCGGGAUUCGGAGGGCAAGGUAUCCUGUCCAGUCUUACGUAAUUUGGUGUGCAGAAUUUGUGGGGAAACUGGCGACACGGCUCAUACUUUUAAAUACUGUCCUUACAAUCACGACGUGCCAAUGGAAUUACGCUCCAUCAAUUUUGACCAGGCACGCGCCGACGUGGCAAGACUUAUGAACAUGAAGAUGAAGGACUAA